AUGAAAUGGAUUUCGGGAGAAGGUGAAGGGGAAGAUGAAAUUCACACUUUUGUGUUGAAGAAAUCAGUGGAUGAGAUCACACGCUCUGUUUUGGUUGAGCGUAUUUGCAGAAAGAUAAAGGUAGAUGACUAUAAGAUGGAAGCGAAGAUUAGUUACUUUCCAAUGGUAAUGUAUUCGAACAAGCCAUCAUAUAUCUGGGAAGAUGAAGACGUUUUUUGUUAUCUAAUGCAAGUAAAUCAAGAGAAUUGUAGAAGUGUUCUACAUGUGGAGUUCAACAAAAGGGAUGAUGACACUGAUUUCUAUGGCAGUCUAUCGGAUAGAGAGGCUACUGAAAGAGGGGCUACUGAUAGAGAGGCUACUGAUACAGAAGCUAUUGAUACAGAGGCUAUUGAGACAGAUGGUGGUGAUGAAGAAGGUACUGAGAAGGAUGCAACUGAUAAUGAAGGUACUGGUGGUGUGCUUACACUUUACGAAGACAUUGAGAUGCAUGAGAAUGCCACCGAAAGAGAAGCAGGACCCUCAGUUGAAGUCACACCAGUUGUCUAUAAGGAGUGGGAUGAUGGUAUGGAUUUGGUUUUAGAUCAAGAAUUUAGAACCAAGGAGGAAGCGCAAACUCAUAUUCAGGCGGCGUCACAUGUGAAGUGUUUUGAGUAUGAGGUAAUUAAGUCGGAUACUAAGAGAUAUGUGAUAAAAUGCCGAGGAGCCAAAGAAGGCUGCAAGUGGUUUGUGCGUGUUGCAAAGUUAACGAAUUCAGAUCUUUGGUCAGUUAGAAGUUACAUCAAGCAGCAUAGAUGUUCUGUUGUUACCACAAGAACACUGCCUAAUAGAAGGAGAGGCACACAACAAAUCGUUGCAUCUAUCCUGGCCCAAGAUUAUCCUGGAAGUUUUGACACACCACGUCCCAAUGCUCUGAUCGAUUUGGUUCAUCAGAGAGUUGCUGUGGAAGUAUCAUACACAACGGCAUAUAGAGGAAGAAGACUAGCUGCUAAUAAAGUGCGCGGAACUCCUGAAGAGAGUUAUUCUUUAUUAUAUUGUUAUAUGCACAUGCUGGAGCAGGUGAAUCCUGACACAAUAACUCGUGUGGUUGUGGAUGAGGGCAAAAAAUUUAAGUAUCUGUUUUGGGCUUUGGGAGCUAGCAUAGAAGGAUUCCGCGCGAUGAGAAAAGUCCUUGUUGUGGAUGCAACACACCUGAAGACUGUUUAUGGUGGAGUGUUAUUUGUUGCGACUGCUCAGGAUCCCAAUCAUCACCACUACCCAAUUGCGUUUGGUGUUGCUGAUGGUGAGAAAUAUGAGAGUUGGCUAUGGUUUAUGGAACAGUUGAAAUCAGUGAUAUCGGAUCUCCCUGGAUUGGUGUUUCUUUCGGACAGAAACAAAGGCUUGAUCAAGGCAGUACAUCAAGUGUUCCCUCAGGCCGCUCAUGGUUAUUGUAUAUGGCAUCUGUCUCAAAAUGUUAAAGGCUACGUCCGUAACAACAGAGAAACAUGUGCAUUUAAGUUUAUGGAGUGCGCACACGCUUAUACAGAGGCGGAGUUCUUGGUCCUUUAUGACGCUUUUGGCAGGAAAUAUCCUAGUGCAGCGGAGUAUCUUGACAGAAGUUGUGAACAAAAGAAAUGGGCUAGAUGUUACUUUGAAGGAGUUAGGUACAAUGUUGACACCACCAAUUCAGCAGAAUCUUUUAACGGUGUUAUUAAGGACGCAAGAAAGUUCACCUUACUUCCAAUGUUUGAUUUUAUCAUUGGAAAAAUUGCUAAAUGGUUUAACAAGCACAGGAAAGAGGCAGCUGAAAUGCCACCCGCACUGAAGCUUGUGCCUAUAGUGGAGGAGGAAAUGACUAAAAGAUGUGUUGAUGCAGGGUUUCUUCGGGUUGAUGAGUUAAACAGCUUCCAUCUCACGUACAGUGUGCAUGGUAGUGACGGGAAGCGUUAUACCGUGGACAUGGCUAUGAACAUGUGCACCUGUGGGCAAUUUGAUAAAGACAAAUAUCCAUGUGUUCAUGCAGUAGCUGCUGCCACAUUCAUGACUGAGAAAGCGGGAAAGGAACUCCAUCUAUCUGAGUAUUGUUCUAAGUACUAUUUGGUAGAGCAAUGGGCUUUGGCUUAUCACCGGACAAUAUAUCCUGUUCCUCAUAUGUCUGAUUGGGUUAUACCAGAAGAAAUUAGAGCAAAUAAAGUACUUCCUCCAGAAUUUGAAGUCAAGAAAGGAAAACCACAACAAACAAGGAAACCAUCAGCAGGAGAAGCGCGUGGAAGAGGAAAAAGAGGCAGAGGGAGUGGAAGAGGGAGAGCCACAAGCACAGACACAGGGAGAGCCAGAGGAAGAGGUAUGGCAGCGUAUUUUGAAUGUGGAAGUGGUUCAGGUUCAGGUGUUUGA